CCUGGCUUAUUACAGAAGCUUUGUUCAUUCACUUUCUCGCUCUUCAGUCUCUCACUAAAACCUAAUUUCCCUGUAUGUGAAUCCCUCGCACCUCACCAUUCCAUUACCCCUUGCGCUUUGCUUAAAUUUUCUUCUACGCGUUCUCUCUCUCUCUCGUUGCGCUUUAUCUCUCUAGUCGUCGAUUCUUAUCCUUUAAGGACUCGUCAACAGAUGUCUUUUGAUUCUGGCAAGAAGCAUCGGUGGUUUCUUUGGAUUGCUUUCUGUUUCAUGAACCGGGGGAGGCUUUGGUGCUCUCGGAAAGUCUUGUUUAGGCAUUGGACUUGACAUUAGUUAAAAAUAGUUUUGGGGGAGGAGGGGUGAUUGUUGUGGGGUUGUGGUGUAUAUUAUUGUUUCUAGGUGUUACUUAUUUUGGUGCAAUCUGCUUUGAUUUCUUCUGGAGAAGGGUUUAUUCUAGGUUGAGUGAGGUGUAUUGGAAUACUGUUGGUGGAACUGUUAUUUGGUUGGCAUACUGUGGGGCGUUCUGUUGCCAUUCUUUGAUGGCGAGGACGUCCCUUCCUCCAGGCUUUCGGUUUCAUCCGACCGAUGUUGAGCUGGUUAUGUAUUAUCUCAAGAGGAAGAUUAUGGGAAAGAGGCUUCACUUCGAAGCUAUUGCAGAGGUCAACAUUUAUAAAUUCUCUCCAUGGGAUCUAAAAGAUAAAUCAAUCUUGAAAAGUAGGGAUCUAGAGUGGUUCUUCUUCUGCCCCAGAGAGAAGAAAUAUGCUUGUGGGGUUCGAAUGAAGCGCGCUACUGAGAAUGGAUACUGGAAAACGACUGGAAAGGAUAGACCUGUCCGUUAUAAUGAAAAUGUUGUGGGAAUGGUGAGAACCUUGGUUUUUCACCUAGGUCAUGCACCACAAGGAAGAAGAACCAAUUGGGUUAUUCACGAGUAUAGGAUCCUAGAUGAGCAGUUGUCUGCAGCUGGACUUCAGGACUUGUACGUGCUUUGUAAAGUCUUCGAGAAAAAUGGUCCAGGCCCAAAAAAUGGUGCACAGUAUGGGGCUCCUUUUAAUGAGGCAGAUUGGGACGAUGAUGAUGAUGUACAAACCCAUGUCGAAUCUUCGCCAUCUGGUGGUCCGUCAUCCACAGCUUUGACAUUGCCUGAAAAUCAAUGCUGCUCCGUUAUAACAAGUAUGGUCAAUCCUGGAAAUACACCUGGACCAUCUCUGAUUGAAGCUGGUCCAUCUCAUUUCUCUGGUCCAGCGGUUAGUGGGGUGCCUUUGGAUUUGGAUUUGGAUGAUGAAGUUCUUCGUUGGUUGGCCACAUUCAGAGAUGAUAGUGUGUUGCUCGAUGAUAAUGGAAAUCAUGAGAAUCGAGAUGAUCAUAAUCAGAAGGGGAAGAAUAAAUGUUUACCUUGUCUGGAUGGAAAUGACAUAUACAAUGGUCUAUGUGACUUGGAUUCUUGGGGCUCGAUGAAUGAAGGCGGACUUAAUUUUGCUGGCAUGCAGAAAGAUGGCUAUCUUCAGAACUACACGCUUCCACAAAAUGACAUAGCUUAUUUGGAACUUAAUGAUCUUGAAGUUCCACUGAAUCACCCUGCUGAAGUUAAUGAAACGGAGCAGAUGCAAUUUGACAACUUUGGAGUAUGUUCUAAUUUUGCUGGCAUGCAGAAAGAUGGCUAUCUUCAGAACUACACGCUUCCACAAAAUGACACAGCUUAUUUGGAACUUAAUGAUCUUGAAGUUCCACUGAAUCACCCUGCUGAAGUUAAUGAAACGGAACAGAUGCAAUUUGACAACUUUGGACCAUGUUCCCAGGGUAACACAGAACAGCUCAUUUUUGGAGGAAAUUUUUCUGAUAUGGAUCUAUAUGCUUCUUGCCAAGGCCAUUUUCCUGUGCCACCUGAAGGAUCCAAACAACCAGGGAGUUGUUCUGAUGUGCUUCAGGCGGAAAGCAGCAACCGUGAGGGGCGUAACAAUGCUGCUGCGUAUAGUUUGGAUUUUACUGGCGGACACUCUGAGGAUGGAGGCAUAUUCCACGUGAAACAUGGGCAGAGUUAGUUUUGAUGAUGUCAUCUGAUACAUUUAGAGUCAGUUGUUCUUUAAUAAUAUCAAUAGACGAACUUCUUUGGAAACUAUGGUGGUCCAAAAUGAAUAAAAUGUAUUCUGCAAAUACAGUUGAUUCUCUGCGUUCUGGAGUCUGGUUUAUUUCGUAUUAGAGCUGCACAAAUUUAAAAAGAAACUCUUGUUGAUUCCAGCAUUUCAUGAUCGACGCCUGCAGGAAUCCAGAAAAUAAAUCAUUCCUUCUUUCCCACCAUGAAUUGCUGCGCUGUUAGUUUCUUCUUAUGAUGGCUUCUCUGUAAAUGUGAAGGCUGAGAUGACUCGUGGCCUUCGUCUCGAGGUGUCGAUGCUGAUGUGUGUCAGCAGCCAAUGGCAGAUUGUCCGAUUGCUGCUGUGACUUUUGAUUUAUCAUAUUUGUCUGAUUUAGUUUCUUUGAAUCAUUCACGUUGCUAUUCUUAUGGAUUCUUGUUUCUUUUGUGGAGUUAUUUGUAUUAUUAAUCGAACCAUUUUAAGUAGGUACUUGUGUGUGCGCUUAAUUUUUUUA